AACCGGCUGGGAGAGCUUAUAAAUUCUAUUGGCAAUAUAAUUGUGCUAUAUCGACAUAUAGAUAUCAGAUAUGAUUUGAGGCAAAGGGGUUACCAACUACAUUUGAGUAUGGCAAGUUCUCGUCAUUUGAAAGGGACAUUGUUAUCAAGGGUGAAAGACCUGUUGAAAUCGGGUGUUCUUAAGGAUAAGCCCGUAUGGUACGAUGUUGUAGUUGCAUUUCCACCAAUAGUUGAAGCUGAUUUACUUGAGGAGCCAGGUCUGGAGAAUGUUGGAAGAAUAGCUCAUUCUGAAGACUCACUGCGCAGAGACGGACCAUCUCUCCAACACGCGGUUGAAGACAAGUCUUGGACGCACUACGAUUUCCUGAAUUCAAGAAACAGCGAAACGAACAUUAAGGAAGAUCUUAAAUAAACUGCAUGGCACUGCCGAAAGACAAAGAAAUAGAAAGACUCAUUACAAGUUGUUACUGUGAGAAUUAAAAAAAUCCGAGGAGAUCGUAAUAUUUCAUUGCAUUGCUCCCAGUGGGGAUGAUGACAAAACAUCUAGCCAGGAAUUCAAUGGUCAUCAGCGUUGUAGCUCUCUGCCUAUGUCAUCUCAUCGUUGUGUUUGGUGAAGUACAGACGGGUCUGAAGAAAGAUUGCCUAUUGAACUACGAUUUUGAAGGGACAUCGAAAGAAAAUGUUUUUGAUAAAUCAGGCAACAAAAGAUUAGCGACGAUGGAUAAUAUAGAAAGACGAGAAGGAAAAUGUAAGCAAGGAAUUGUUCUUAUUGGACGGCCUCUACGUAUCGACGAACCAUCUUUCAAUCGACCCAGCUCUAAAAACGUGUCAGGUUUGGCGAUAACUGUUGUCGCUUGGAUCAAAUUGAACGAAAACCGGUCUGAUGAGCCGGAAGAACGGCGUUCGAUUUUUACAAGUUUUCAUGUCAGUAAUGGGACGGAUAACAACGACAGGAUGAAGUUCCUGUAUUUUAGAGUUUCUCCAAGGAAAAAACUGCGCUGGUCAGUUUCUUUUGAUGUUAAAGAAAAGAAAAUAGCAUUCAAGCGAGUUAAUGACACAGAAUUGGAAGUUGGAGUAUGGCAUCACAUCGCCGUAAGCUACAAUUUUAAUCAAGGAAACGAGAGCUGUACAUUUUUUGUCAAUGGCACUGAGUUUAAGGGAAAGCCACACAGGACGAAAAACGCUAACAAUGGCAAAUUAUCUGUUUAUAAUCCUCCCCUUGGAAGGUUGCCUUUAAUUGGCAGUGAAGAUAUCUACGGAAAUCAGGCGUUAAACGGAUUGAUGGACGAUUUUUAUAUCUACAAUAAAACACUGUCUAAAAAGGAGAUACGAAUUCUUAUGAGGUGCAACGUAGCAACUACAGUCCCUUCUCCGACAAAGAAAAAGAGUCUUACCUAUCAGCAGCGAGCUAAGAAUAUCAAGAAUGCAACUGAAGCAGAUGAAUUAAUUUUGGAAUACGUCGCAGAGAUUAUGGCAAAUGCAUCUGUGGAGGAUAAUAGGACAAUUAGUGCAAAAAAUAUCACUGAAGAAUUUGAGAGCAUCGUUCUUAUUCUUGCUCAAAAUACACUGGACGUCGGUGAAUCUCGAGUUGUGGAGGCUAAAUCUGUGGAGACACUCGUCCUAAUGACAAAGCCAGAUUCUGGAUUUACAUUUCCAUCAGAUGAAGAACAAAGAAAAUUAAAAAAGAAAAUCAAUGAAUCAAUUUCAUUUCCCAGUGAAAUGGCAAAUGGAGGUAAAAGAGCUUUUGCUUGUAUAGCCUAUUCCAACCCUCUUGAAUAUAUGCCUCGUGAAUUUAUAAUCUCAUCUGAUCCUUCGCAACCAAAUAUUACAGUGAGAUUGAUUAGCAAGCUUAUUGGAGCCGCAGUCGACCCACCGUUGAAUAAAUCUCUUAACAAUACAGUUAAAAUCACCUUUAAUCAUACUAAGAUUGUUUCGGGCGAACGACAAUGUUUAUUUUGGAAUGACUCGAAAAGAGCUGCUGAUGGAAAAAUCGGAAGUUGGUCAACGAACGGCUGUAAACUUGACAAGGAAAACAUGACCUCCACGAAAACAGUGUGCCUAUGCAAUCAUUUGACAAUUUUUGCUUUGUUUUUGGAAAUUGAAAUUGCUGUGCCUACAACUACACCUGCAACUACACCUGCAACUGUACCUGCAACUGCACCUGUAACUGCACCUGCAACUGUACUUGCAACUUCACCUGCAACUGCACCUGCAACUGCACCUGUAACUGCACCUGCAACUGCAACUGCAACUGCAACUGCACCUGUAACUGCACCUGUAACUGCACCUGCAACUGCAACUACACCUGUAACUGCACCUGCAACUGCACCUGCAACUACACCUGCAACUGCACCUGCAACUGCACCUGUAACUGCACCUGCAACUGCACCUGCACCUGCAACUACACCUGGAACUACACCUGCAACUACACCUGCAACUGCACCUACAACUACACCUGCAACUACAUCUGCAACUGCACCUGCAACUGCGCCUGGAACUGCACCUGCAACUGCAACUUCAAUUAAACCUGCAACUGCAACUUCAAAUAAACUUGCAACUCCAACUGCACCUGCAACUACAACUUCAAUUAAACCUGCAACUGCAACUUCAACUAAACCUACACCUGCAACUGCAACUGCAACUUCAAUUAAACCUGCAACUAGUUCUAUACGGAAAUAUUUGGAAAAAAUUAAGAAUAAAACAGGAGCAGUGGAGUUUUUAAAGAAUAACUUUGGAAAAAUUUUGCCGAUCGCUGUAACGGCAAACACAUCAGACGAUGAUGCUAGGGCAAGAGUUGCAAUGGGUGGCACCAAAGAUGCUGAAAUUAUCCUUCUUAAUCUUACUCGAAAAGCAUUAAAAGUUAAUCAGUCUGUAACUGUGAACACUUCAAGUGCACUCAUCUACUUGACAAUUCCUCUCACUGGAUUUUCAUUUCCAUCGCCUGAGCAAGAAUAUGUACAGAAAUCUAGUGAAACCAUUUCAUUUCCUGAUGAAAUGGUGAAGAGUGAAAGUGGAAAGCCAAGAGCCUUUGCUUGUAUUGCUUAUAGCCACCUUCAUGAGAAGAUUCCCCUUGAAUUUAGAAUGUCAAAACCAAACGUUACAGUGGAACUGUUUAGCAAGAUUAUUGCAGCUGCAGUUCAUCCAUCUUUGAAAAAACCUCUAGACCCGAAAAAUCGAUUUAAAAUCACCUUUAACCAUGCUCAGAUUAAUACUUCCAACAAACAAGUUUGUUCAUUUUGGAAUCACUCGGAAAGAGCUUCAGAUGGGAAAUUGGGAAGUUGGUCAAGUGAGGGUUGUGAGCUGGACAAAACACACUCAACGUCUACGAAAGCUGUGUGCUUGUGCAACCACUUGACAAAUUUUGCCUUGUUAUUGCAAAGAGAAGGAGCCCCGUACAGCGAUCCUCCGCUAUCUUUAAAAAUCAUCACUAUAAUCGGAAGUACUUUAUCAAUUCUUGCUUGUCUGCUCUGUUUUCUUAUGUUCUUCACAUUAAAGAAAAAAGAUAUUCGUCACUAUCUCCACAUUAAUCUGGCAUUUGCUAUCGCUGUAGCUCAGUUAAUUUUACUAUUUGGUAUAACUGAAACAAAAUACCAGAUUCUCUGUAAAAUACUUGCAGCAUGUCUACAUUAUUUCUAUAUGGUUGCGUUCUUUCUCAUGCUAAGCGAAGGUGUUCACUUAGCCAUCUUGAUAGAGACUGCCUUUUCACAUGGUGAUCUGAAGCUACCUAUUUAUUUAAGUGCAAGUUGGGGUCUACCACUAAUUAUCGUAGGAGUAACUUUAGGAGCUCGUUAUGACGAUUAUGGUGGAAACCUUGCGUGUUUUAUAUCUGCUGAGGGUGGAACCGUCUACGCUUUUGUUGGUCCAUUUUGUCUUAUUUUAUUGAUAAAUUUCGUGAUUCUAUUCAUGGUUCUAAGGCAAGUUAUUAAAAAGACGUCGUUGCCAAUCUCUUCAAAAGCUGCAUCGAGGUUUGAAAUUGCAAGAGCAACGAUUCGUUCACUGGUGAUUUUAUUUCCUGUAAUGGGAUUCACGUGGAUAUUCGGGAUUCUCUUCUUCGGAUUUCGUACUUUAACGCUGGAAUAUCUUUUUGCGAUAUUCUGUUCGCUGCAGGGAUUCUUUAUAUUUUUGUUUCAAUACGCACUAAAUACAGAGAACCGGAUGGCAUUCUCCCGCGCAACUCGUAGAUGGCGUUUAACAUUUACUUCAUCCACUAACACUUCUGGUAAUAAUAACUCGAAACAUACAGCGCCGACAAAAAAUAACUUUUCCCCCAAUGAAUGUGAAGAAGAUCCAAACACUUCUUCCAUCGCUAAUUGUCGGCUUUUGUCUAUUCGUGCUGUUGACGAUAAAAAUGGAGGGACAAUGGACAGCCGAACUGCAAGUACAUAUAUAUAAAUAAUUAUACGCGUAAGACAGUAUGUCACGAUAGAUCGUCAAUAUUCACUGAACGGCGCGAAUCAUAAAUAUUACACAUCUUGCGUCAAAGAUUUGAAACUUUGAAUCAUGAUGAUUGAUAAGCCUAGACCUAGUAUUUCAAUAUAAUCAUUUCUAAUAUACUAUAUAACAGUAAAACUUCCCUAAGUCCGUGCCGAAACUAGAACGAUAAUUCGGGUGGAAGAGGAGGGGGGGGGGUGUUGUUUAACUACAAUUUUUUUUUCAAUUCCGGCCACCCGACGGAUUUUUUGUAAAGGUCCGUCCGGUAAAACUGAAUGAAAUUAUAUGAAUAAAACUCUCCCCCCGGCAUCGUUUUUGUUUCGGCCCUGCCCAAAAUCGGGUUAAAAA